AUAUUGACGAAAUAUAAAAUAGUUUUACACGUGUAUGUACUGCGUAUACGUCAUGAAUGUUAUUAUCUCGCUUACAAAGCGAUCGAGCGUACUUCGUAUAAAUAAUGAAUUUAAGUCGUUUAUACAAAUAAUCGAUCCUCUUUAGACAUCUGUUAGUUAUAACUAUAUUGUCCUUGAACAUGGCUUGAACGUAACAUUUCUCAUCGAUGUUGGAGGUUGGAACACGUGUUUCCGAGUUAACCUUUAAAUUGUUUAGAUUUCAAAGAAAGUAGUUCUAUUAGUUAACAUUAUGUCAGUGUAUCACGACGAAGUGGAGAUCGAAGACUUUGAAUACGACGAAGACGAAGAAAUUUACUACUACCCUUGUCCUUGUGGUGAUCAAUUUCAAAUAUCAAAGGCAGAUCUUAUAGCUGGUGAAGAAGAAGCUACGUGUCCGUCGUGUUCACUUGUUGUCAAAGUAAUUUAUAAUAAGGAAGCAUUUCUUGAAAAACAAGAAAACGUUAAUGAAACAGAACAAAAGGAGCUUGUGUCGCAGAAAGUUUGA